AUGUCGGAGACCCGAUCUCGCGUUCAGCAGAACGACCUGCUUCUCCACGAGGCAGUUAUCAAGAACGAACCGGCCGCGGUCAGAGAGGCACUGCAGAGACCUACUGACGUCAACUGCAGAAACAAUUAUGGCAGAGCACCGAUCCACUGGGCAGCGAGCCGCGGCAACGUCGAAAUAAUCAACUUACUGAUCGAAGCCAAAUGCGACAUCGAGGCGGCUGAUAAGUUUGGAAUGCGGCCUCUGCUAAUGGCAGCGUGGCACGGCCACCUCGAUGCAGUGAAAACAUUAGUGCAAGCUGGCGCCUGUCUCGCCGCUACUAACAAGAAACAUAACGACAUCCUGCAAUGCGCGUGCGCACGCGGCGCGGCGGAUGUGGCCGAGUACGCCAUAUCCCUUGGCGCUAAGGUGCAGAGUGUCGACGCUGCUGGAGACGCCCCGCUAGCUCUGGCUGCGAGAGCAGGACACACAGCUGUCGCUGAGCUACUUUUAGACAAAGGGGCUUAUAUCGAUGCUGUUAAUAAGGUAGGGCGCACGGCCCUCCACGUGACAUGCGAGGGUGGCCACUGCUCGACCGCUGCGCUCCUGGUAGCUCGCGGCGCGGCGCGGGAGGCGCGAGACAACUCUGGCCGCACGCCCCUACACAUCGCGGCCGUUCACCGGCACACGGAGCUCGUACGCGCGCUACUCGACGCCCAAUGCCACGUGGAUGCUACGGAUAAUAACGGUGUGACAGCACUGCAAAUGGCGUGCGCUCAAGGCUGCAGGGGGAUCGUGGAGCAUCUCCUAUCGUUUGGCGCCAACGUGCAUUCACAAAACAACGUAGGGUCUUCAGCAUUGCACGCCGCCUGCGCCGCCGACGCGACAGAUAUCGUGGAGCUACUCCUUGCUCAUGGAGCCGACCCUGCACUCACUGAUCAGUGGUCUCAAUCCCCGAUGAGUGUCGCCGGAGGUGCGGCGGAGUCCCCGCCUGAGGGAUUUAGGAGGGCUGCGAGGGGCUCCUUCUCCGCCAUCGUGGAUCUCCUGGCCGCCACCGCCAAUCUGGACCACCAUCACGAUCAAUCGGACGGGUCGACAACUCCUCGGGCAAAUGACAAGUCCGGAGGUCAUUCUCCUGCUGCUAUUGAAGGCGGUGACGUGGAUAACGAGCGGUGAUGGUCAGCCACGACACUGCUCGACCGCUUGGCGCAGCGCGGUUUCGCGGCUGACACGCGUUUAGCCCUGCCUCCAACAGGUUGUGCGCGCUACCGCGAACUGUGCUACCGGGCUGCGCACGCGCACCUACCCAACGACGCGGCGCCGCGCUGCUGCGAGUGCGUUAACUGCUCGGCACGGCGCAACUCCACGCCAGAGCCGUGAGCUGCGGGCUCCUCGGUGCAGGUGCGGCCCACGCCGGCACUGACCAAGCCCAUACCCACCGCUAAGGCAGAGUAGCGCUGUAGGACCACAGAUCACAUCACAGUGGAUACCGCAUAGUUUUUCAAAACACUGACCAAUUCAAAAAUUUAAGACCAUGAGUGCAGUACUAUCUAACUUACAUUUUAUUAAAUAAAACUAAACACCUACGCAAAACCCACUUUAUUGGUGUGAGCUCACAUUUCGUGUGUUUAAAUAAUGUGUCAUGAAUUUUAUGCGGUGUCCACGGGAAGUUAUCUGUUUAGCAUGCAAAGCUCAACUUAAUGGAGCCAUGUUUAUAUUUGUCCAUUUUUUUAAAUUAUGUAAUUGCACAGCAGUACCUAUAAUUGAAUAUCAAUUUAAUAAUGGAUAUUAAAUUUUUAAAAGAUAAAUUUUAAACCUGUAUAAUAUAUUAUGUACCUUUAAAAAUGCUUCUUCCAAUUGUUGAUUUUAUUAACAUAUUUUACUACUUGUUUCUUCUAGUAUCUACUAUCUAACAUCCCUAUCUUAGGCUGUCAAAGACUGUCUUUGCCUUUAUCCAACAGAGGAACAAUUGGUCAAUUUGUGAGUCCAUAUUAGAUUUUAAGCCUUUUAGAAUCAGCUUCUCUCCUAGUGCCUUAUCGGAUCCGCUUUAUAUUUGAGCCAAAAUCACUUCCAGCAUAGCGUUCCCCUAAGCACCACCUACCGUGCUUCCUUUCUCACCUUUUAAAUCUAAAUGUUAUGUCCAAAAAUGUGUGCGUUCUGUACUUAUGCAAAAAUACAGUCUGUCCAAUAAAAUUAAAUAAUUAAGCUUAACUAAAUAAUUGACCUAAAUUAAUGAAAUAAUGUAAAUAUAACUUUACACAAUUUAUUUAGAUUCGUCUACAUAAGAAAUUUUCCGUAUAAACUAUCAAUAAGAACAUCUUUUUAAACAUCUAAAAUCGAAUAUUUAGAUAGCUUAGGUGUAAGUUAAAACGAGGCCCACUAUAUCUAUUGUUCUAUGUCAUACUAAAAUAAUUCUGCGUGUAACAUUUCUAACCUCUUAAUUUUAGAGUAAAAUUAGGCAUAUCUAAAUAGUUAUUUCUAAAUAUCUGAAACCUAACAUUGUAUACCAGUCCUGUGCAUUCAUAUUAUACCCAUUCUAAUAAUGUACAUUAUAUUAUUAUACUAUUUUAUAUUACAUCGUUAAUAAUACUAAACAUUAAUUUUAAUUACAUUAUUACAAUAAUUAUGUGAUCUAUUUUCGAUUGUUCUUAUCCAAUGUGGUUUUAAAAAUGUACAUUAUUUAUAUAUACAUGGUGUUAAUUAAAUUUCGGCAUAAAUCGACAAUGUAUUUUCUGAAAAUAAAUGAAUAUGUCUGUCGAUAUAAUCUUUCAGUGCACAUUCGAUGUUAUGAUGCAAAAUAUUUAUGAAGAAUUUAUACCACAAUUUAAUUAACACUUUGUACUACAUGGCCUACCUACGCGCGUUAUAAAAUGUAAUUUAAAAUUAUUCAAAAAUAAAGUUUACUAUAAAAAUACA